UGUCCCAAAAAGGGGAACUCAUGCUGUUCACGAACAUCAUUAGCAUUUAGUUGGCCUCUCUGGGGACCACCAUCCUCCCUUCCCCCCUUUCUCUCGCUCUCUCAAUCUCUCUCUUGCACCAUCUGCUCACGUGACGCAGCUCUGACUGCUACCCGGCCCUCCUCCGCCACAGCGGUCGGCCAUCUUGGUCAACACCCAGUGUGCAUCCAGCCACCACCAGCCCCCAAUCAGACUCCAGAGGAGGGUGGUGGGUGAUUGUGUUUUUUUCCCCCUUUAAAUCCAUCGCCUGCACAAAAGAGAAGAAAAGGGAGGGAAGGGGUGGAGGAGUGAGGAAGCGCAGCGUCUCCGUCAGUCACAAGGAGGAGGAGAGAGAGACCUGCUCUAGACAUCCUUUUUGUCCCCUCAUUGGGAAUUUCGGGGCAACAAGCACAACCGCUUGUUAGGUGUUGUUUUUUUUGCCGAGUCAUCAUCACCGCCACCAUGUCGGAUUUGACGCCACAGAGCGAGACGCCGACGCCCACCACUGACAAGAUCACGCAGGCCGCCCGGGAGACCAUCUAUCUGUGUAACUUCCGCGUGUCGGUGGACGGCGAGUGGCUGUGCCUGCGCGAGCUCAAUGACAUCUCGCUCACGCCGGACCCCGAGCCGGCCCAUGAAGAUCCCAAGGACCCCAUCACCAUCGAGAGGCUCAACCUGAUGAACAUGGCCAAGCUCAGCAUCAAAGGUCUGAUCGAGUCGGCGCUCAACCUGGGACGCACACUGGACUCGGACUACGCGCCUCUGCAGCAGUUUUUCGUGGUCAUGGAGCACUGCCUUAAGCACGGCUUGAAAACCAAGAAGACCUUCCUGGGCCAGAACAAAUCAUUCUGGGGUGCCUUGGAGCUGGUGGAGAAGCUGACGCCCGAGGCCGGGGAGAUCACCGCCAGUGUCAAAGACCUGCCUGGACUCAAGACGCCGCUAGGAAGAGGCCGCGCUUGGUUAAGACUUGCCCUGAUGCAGAAGAAGCUGUCCGACUACAUGAAAACCAUCAUCAACAGGAAGGACCUGCUGAGUGAAUUCUACGAGCCCAACGCUCUGAUGAUGGAGGAGGAGGGAGCCGUCAUCGCCGGAUUGCUCGUCGGGCUCAACGUCAUCGACGCCAACCUGUGCAUGAAAGGAGAAGACCUGGACUCGCAGGUUGGAGUCAUCGAUUUCUCAAUGUACCUAAAAGACGGCGGCCACAGCAGCAAGAGUGCAGAAGGUGACGGUCAGAUCACCGCCAUACUCGAUCAGAAGAAUUACGUGGAGGAGCUCAACAGACACUUGAGUGCUUCCGUAAAUAACCUCCAGGCCAAAGUGGACGCGUUGGAGAAGUCCAACACCAAGCUCACAGAAGAGCUGGCAGUGGCCAACAACAGGAUCAUCACACUACAAGAGGAUGUUGAGCGGGUGAAAGAGGAGAGCUCCUAUCACCUGGAGUCCAACAGAAAGGCACUGAGAAGCGACUCUGCAACAGCCGACGGCCCGGCGCUGGGCGAAACGCGCAAGCAACUCAAAGAGGAGACGCUCCUUCGACUGGACGUGGAGAAGGAGCUGGAGGUGCAGAUCGGCAUGAAGCAGGAGAUGGAACUGUCCAUGAAGAUGCUGGAGAAGGACGUAUGCGAGAAGCAGGACGCGCUGGUGGAGCUGCGGCAGCAGCUGGACGACCUGCGCGUCAUCAACCAGCAGCUCAGCCACAAGUCGCAAAGCGCCGACGCCAGCUCCAAGCAGAAGAGUGACGCCGUGGCCCGUCUGGAGGAGAAAAUUAGCCAGAUGUCAGGCACCAUCAAACAGCUGGAGAGCAGAUGCAAACAGGCUGAGCGGGAAAAGGAGGCGGUGCUAGAGGCCAACCGCCUCUUCAAGCGCGAGUUUGGGGACAAGAUCGAGAGCCUGGAGGUGGAGCUGGAGCAGCUCCGGAAACACAGGUCCAACCUGGAGGCGGAGCAAAGGAGGGAGCAAGACCACCACCUGGGCAGCACGCAGCGCGAGAAUGUCCCUCAACCUCAAUCGGGAUCUCCGGCAGUGAGGAAGGACCUCAGAGUGACAGCAGAGGACAAAAGCAGCCCAAACUCCAGCUUGUCCUUCUGCCCGUCUUAUGAUGAUGAUGACAAUGAGGAGGAUGAGCCCUUUGUGGACAACAGUGAAGCUUCUGUGUGCAGCAUGUGCGAGCUGAAAGACUCACUCCUCAAGACAAAGAAACAGUGCAAGAACUGCGGCGGCGUGUUCUGCGAACGCUGCGUGGCCAACGAGCUACCGCUCCCGUCGUCCAUCUUGCCCGAGGUUGUGUGCUCCGCCUGCUACGCGCAUUUACUGCAGCAGUACGCUUCCACGUCGCCAGCGUAAAUAAAGAACCGCCAACGUGAACGCUGUGCUACAACUGGAACUGCAACAUGCACUUUUUAACACUCCUAAGAUUUCCUCAUAAUGGACACCUGCAGUCAACCCCCGUGAAAUGUUUCAGAUCUACCAUCUACUUCAAGUAGACUUAAAAAAAAUAUAUAUUAAAACACAUAUCUUAAAUCUGCCAAGUAGCGGAGAAACACAAGAUGGUGCCAUUAGGUGUCAUGAGGACAUUUUGCCCGGUUGCCGAUAUAAUGACAAGACUGAAAACUUUAAGGACUUAAAAAUCAGCUAUGCUUCAUUUA